AUGGCAUGGGCUAAAAGACUGCUGAUGGUUGUAGCCUACAUGCUCGAUCCGGCUCUCAUCGUUCUUGUAGCAUUCAACAGCACCAUCUACAAGCGGUGCCCCACAUCGCAGCUCAGCUGUCUCCUUGACGAGUACCGAGCGGCAGUAUUUCGAGACCUAGAGUGUGUGAUUGGCUCACAGUUCUGUGCCGUGGUUGAGAAGGACUGCAACUUUGGAAUUUUCAACAAAGCCCUGGAAAACGAGCAGACUGAAGAAAACACUGGGAUCUUCAGGAAGGCAUGGGGAAGGCUCGUCUUUGAUGCAAACCUGACAGAGAGAUACAUGAACGGCAGAGGAAUGCCCAGCACCUUCAGCUAUGUAUUGUUCUCGCCGUACCUGAGUAGUGAAGACUUCGAUGGCAGCGAGAGCUUCUACUACACAUACUCUGUCGAGGAUAGGUUCACUGGCCACGUUAGGGAGGUUUUCUACAGGCUCUUUGAGACACUCAAGGACAGUCAGGUAGACGAGUUCCAUAGCAGCAUGGUUGACUUUAGAAGAGAGGCAAAUGCACACUACAUCUACUACGAGUUUAGUCUACAAGGGUGCGGACAAUACAUUGCCACUGAGUUCAGCGAAGAAUCUGGCGGCAAGAGCAGGGAGAUUAUGGACAGCCUGUUUGAAAUUAGAGAAAGGGUAAGAAAACUGAAAGGCAAAAUCCCACGCACCAAGUUAGUUGACGAGGCAACCAGCAUGCUCCUUGAAAUGCUCACGAGGCAGAAGAUUCUGAAAGCCGGGAUUGAUCUUGAGGAGUUCCCAGACGCAAUACCGAUGCUUUUCCCAUACAAAAUGCUAGAUCUAAGAUACUCUAGAGGUGAUGCGGAUGCACACCAGCUGAUGACGAUUGGGGUUGAUCUAACAAACAUCAGCAGCAGGCUCAGUCGGUUUUUCGACCUCGGGGAGCACUCGUUGAAAUACUACACAACUUUUGAGGUAUAA